CCCACCGCUGUCCCCCACUCUCAUUUUUCUCUAAAAUCUCCAAAAUACCCCUGUAACGUCUCUCUUUUACAAAAUGGAAUCCUCGAGUAACAAAAAGCGACUCCGUUCCGACUCGGACGAGUCCGAGUUCAACUCACCGGAGGCCAAGAGAAUCCGAGACGACCUUCUCGACACUCUAGACGACUCCGACGUGUGCACCGUCGGUGACGACCUCGACUCGUUCAUAAAAAGCUUCGAAGACGAAAUAUCUCCUCCGCCGGAGACACUCGACCAGGCCUCCGAGUCCGGCGACUCUCGCCCGGAUCUCGAGUUUCUCCUCGAGGCAUCCGACGACGAACUCGGACUCCCUCCGACGGAGACGACACCGACUGAGUCGGAAAGGAUAGUUGUAUCAACUGAGUCGGUUGAACUCGGGGAGUUUUCAUGGGUGGAUAAUGAAAUCCCGAACUAUGAAUCGUUCGAGUAUGGAUUUGAUUACGCCGCCGGUGAUGUUAAUGUUAACAACGGCAACAACAACCAGAAUGGUGAAUACGUGGCUUUAGAGGGUUUGUUUGAUUAUACAGAUCUAGGAUUUGGAUCGGCCGAUAUGUCACGGCGGCCGGAAUCGUUGCCGGCGCAGUGACAUAGGUUGAUUUUAUGGUUAAUACGUUAGAAAAUAUUUUGUAAAGUUCUUUGGUUCUUUUUAUAUUAGAAAAAUAGACAUGGAAAAAAUGUAUAAAUAGAUUUACUGUUUAGUGUUUAACGAUCGAAGAAACCACGUCAUACUCA